AUGGCCUCUUCCGCCGUUUGCGCCUUGUGCCCGGCACCCGCGACCGUCCACUGCCCCGCUGACAGCGCCAAUCUCUGCGCGUCGUGCGAUCUCGCAGUGCACAGCGCCAACACCAUCGUGCACAGACACGUGCGCACCGUCCUCUGCCGCUGCUGCGCCGCCCCCACGACCGUGCAGAUCUGCGGCCUCCCCGCAUCCACCGCCGCCACUCCCCCUUGCAUCUGCGCCUCCUGCAUGAUGCCUCUGCUCUGGCCGUCCACGGGAUUCCCUGGAACGAACGCGGGUAACCUGGUUACCAACUCGCAGACGUCUGGGCCGUGCCCGCAGAGCUUAGCGGCUGCUACGGGUAGCCUACUGCCGGAAGGGCUUACGUCCGGUUCGGAGCGGCUUCUGCAGGGGUUCUUAAACGCUAGCUCGACUUUCUCCCUCGGGAACACCGCUGCUGCGCCGCCUCUCAUGACCCAUCUCCCGCGCCCGGCGGGGUUCGUGACGGGUGUCCGGGGUGGGCUUGUCCAGGCGGCGACUGUGACGCAGCUUGACGAUAACUCUCCAAUCAGCGUCCUCACGACGGAGUCUGACGUUUUCCGUUCGACGGAUUUCGUUAACCAGCAACCGCGAGAGAAGAUGCCACAGGAAGGGCUGUUUCACAGAGUACCGUCUCAAGACAUGUUUCCUGGGUCGUUCCGACCAGAGGGGUUGAUUCGACUGGAGGAAGCUGAGUCGUAUCGAGCCUGCGAGCAGCAGCAGCAGCAGGAGCAACGUGAACACAGCCCGCUCACUCUGUCUCUCUUCCCCCUCUCCGCCGACGAAAGAUCGUCCGCCGGGGGAAUGGCGCGCAGAAUUCACACUGAUGUAACGGACGAUAGCCGCGUGUCGUGCUGCGCUGUCCCGCCGCUGAUUCCGGUCGACGAGCCGCAGAGGAAGCGGCAGCGGGUGCAGGCAGGGAGUGGCGUCGGCGCGUCGCGAGCAGCGUCGGCGUUUGUCCCCUUUGUAAGCGAGACUUGCACCCAGGUGAAGCAAUUCGAUGGUGCAUCGACAAUGGAUGGGACGGGUCUGGGGAAGAGGCCAUAUGACGCGUGCGAGAAGCAGCGAUUUCCGUCAACUGCGGAGGCAACAGGGGCAGCAGCACCAGGAGCGGAGCCUGCGCGGGGAAAGCUGGGCAAGACUGCUUCCGCGCGGCUCCGCCACGUGCUGCUGACGUGGCAGUCACGUUUAGGGCUUCAAGUACCCACCGUUCGCGCAUUGGCUUUCCACAUGCUUCAGCGCGUUCUGCUGCGGCUACAGCCGACGGAUAUGGCGGCGGAGUCGCUGCGCGUGCUGCUGGCCGCGUGUCUGUGGGUGGCGGCUAAGAAUGAGGAGAACCAGAAGUGUGUACCGAAAGCGAAAGCGGUUGCUGCUGUAGCGAAGGUGCCUGUAUCGCGUCUGGCUUCUUGUGAGAUUGAGCUCCCAACCAACCUCCCCUCUGCCACCCCCCCUCCCCUCUCAGACCUCCCGUCGCUCACAUGCCUUGACCUCUCAUGCCUUGACCUCUCAUGCAACCCUCGCUGGGAUACACUGUCUCCGCCAUCUGGUCUUGAGCUACACUGCAGCCACCGCCUCGUUCCCCCUGUCUCAGUCCAUUUUUCAACACUUUCUCAUCCUUCUUCUUCCCUCCUCUCCCCCUCUCCCGUUCUCUCCUCAGGGAUCCCUUCUCUCCAGCAUUUAGACCUCAGUUACACUGCGGUCACCACCUCGUUCCUUGAUUCCCUCACCUACGGUGCGCGGCUGAAGGGGUGGCGGAACAAUGCUGCGGAAGCUUCCAGGAAGGUGGAAGCGCGGAAGGCAGCCAAGCGCCUGCGCCAAGCGCCCUUGGUGGGAGGCAGCCACAGGCACAACGGCAGCUGCUGUCCCCAGCCCCCCACACGCCUCUAUCUCUCACACACCUCCCAUCCAUCCGCCUCUGUACUCCCAUCUCUGCUGCACCGCUGUCCAGCCAAGCGCCCCUGGUGGGAGGCGGCUCCAGACACAACGGCAGCUGCUGACCCCAGCCCACACUCCACCUUCACGAAGCGAUUUCGCCUGAACCAGGAGCAGCAGCAGCAACAGCAGCAACACCAGCACCAGCAGCAGCAGCAGCAGCAGCUGCUACCAGAGAGACAGCCGCAAGCAGAAUCCGAGCAGCAGGAGGUUGGUGAAGAGCAGUUGGAGUGGCGUGAGUGCUGUCUGGUGUACCUGCGGCUGCAGGGGACGACUGUGGACAAGGCUGGAGCAACACACCUGCUAGGUCUGAGUGCUACAGUGCCUCUGGGCGGCAUGUUCUGUCUGGACUUGAGAGAUACACUGGUGAAAGGCGACGUGCUGAGCAAGCUGAGAUGUGAGCUGGGCGCUUGUCUUGUCAGCUGGGGGCGUGUGGCUGAGAUCUGGGCGCUUGUCUUGUCAGCUGGGGGCGUGUGGCUGAGAUGUGAGCUGGGCGCUUGUCUUGUCAGCUGGGGGCGUGUGGCUGAGAUCUGGGCGCUUGUCUUGUCAGCUGGGGGCGUGUGGCUGAGAUGUGAGCUGGGCGCUUGUCUUGUCAGCUGGGGGCUUGUGGCUGAGAUAUGUGAGCUGGGCGCUUGUGAUGUGAGCUGGGGGCGUGUGGCUGAGAUGCUACUUUUCAUCUGCUCUCUUCACCCAACGAGCCUCGGCUUCUCUGCCGAACCAACGCCCUCGCUCUCAACAUCCUCCGAACCUACCCAGGCCCGGGGGCCGAACCUAGCCACCGAACCAGCAGCCGUACCAUGGCAAGUGGCUGGGAUAGCGAGGAAAGAGCGGGCGAGAGAGGCAGAGGAAGAGGAAGGGGUGAUAGAUUUCUGGAGAGAGAGAGGGGAGUUUGGAGCGAGGCAGCAGAGGUAG